UUUAGGCAAACAAGCUUACUUGACCUUUCUCUAAUGAGCACCCCCGCCGGAUACUUCUUAUGAAAACAAAAAAAUCCUCUGACGGUUAGAUUACGUUCAUGAAAAAAAAAACGCUUAUUAUGACUAAUUGUUUCCAUUAAUAUUCCAUCCCAUGAGUGAUUCAUUAAGGAGCCUCUGGGGAAUUUCCUCACUGUUGAUUACAGCAGUUUUUGUCCCCCAAAGUUUUUUUUUUUUUUGUCUUCUCAGCUUGUCUUCACGGUCUACUGCAAGAGGUCUUUUGACGGACAGGCCUUUCAUCCUUGUCGAAAAAAAAAAAAAAAAGAGUCCAUUUUCUGAUAGGCCAGCGAAAGCAGCCAAUUAGAGCGGGACUGCGGCCCCAAAAGCAGUGAGAGUGCAAAAGGGAACGCAGCCGUCAUCGAGACACAAACGGGCAGAGAGAGAAGAGGAAAAGUAGUCCCGAGUCACGCUGAUUAAUUCGAAGGUGAAGCAUCCCCGUUCCGAAACAAUUCCGUUUUUUGCCCCAAGGGGGAUAUACAGUCUUUAAUGACGCCUGCUCGGAGAUCGAGAGGUUAGCAAGAUGGUCGGGAGACAGACGCACCGAAUGGACAGCGGCAAUUGUUCCGUGACGGUGGUGGACGACAGCCCAGGCUCCAGCCCGAGUUCUAGUCCGGCUGGUAGGGCGCCGCCGCCGCAGCUGGCCGGUGGGGGAGGCGGCAGAGGGCGGCCGGCGGCGGCCAACGCGGCGCGGGAGAGGAGCCGCGUCCAAACCCUGAGGAACGCCUUUUUGGAGCUGCAACGGACGCUGCCGUCGGUGCCGCCUGACACCAAACUGUCCAAACUGGACGUGUUGAUACUGGCCACCACCUACAUCGCCCACUUGACUCGAACUCUGCAGGAGGAAAGCGCCGACGAGGGCGAGAGCACAAAGCAGCACAAGGAGGCGUUAAAAUCGCUCAAAGGGGAAGGAUACUUGCACCCGGUCAAGAAAUGGCCGAUGAGGUCCAGACUGUACGUGGGAGCGAGCGGUCACUUCCUGAACAAUCCUUCAGAAUCUGAGAACCAAGGUCCAUCAUCAUCAUCUUCCUCAUCAUCCACCUCCAAAUAAAUCAACCAAGUGGUUUCCAUUUGCAUGAGCGGUGCUGAAGGACACGUGUAUUCCACUAUAUCGAUACAGGGAGACGCUGUAAAGUAAUAUAUGAUGUGAUGUGUUUUUCCUCAAGUGUUGUCGUUUCAGUCUUGUUUGCAUUGUGCAGCUACACCCCCCCAGUAUGAUCUUUGGCUAUAAUAAUAAUGAGCCUGUCAUGCUUGGAGUGGACGCUUUAAGCUUGAGACAUUUGCACUAAAAUGCAUGUGUGAAUAACUUAACAUCUGUCAUGUGAAGAGGUCUGUCAGGGGGUCAACAAUAGGGGGCUGCCAGUCUCACGUUCCCUCCUGGUAUUUUUUUUUGUGUACAUGUGCAUGCUUGGAAAAAUCAGUGUGAAUAAGAUGAGAAAAAUGUUGUUGUAUCGUAUACUCAAUCAAUGCUAUUUAAGAGAAGUA